GGUAGGCAUCUGGGCCGGGUGUAGGAACUUGGCUCUGGGAAACGAUCAUCAACGAUGUAAGAAGACAGAGCCCAGAUGCUAGACAUUUCGUCAAGGAGAUAGAGGUCCUCUACUACUCCUUGUCUUUAGUUGAUGGGGUUCGACCCAUUUCUGAAGGCAAACUCGCUUUCGGGAGAAGCAAGCAACACAAGUUAGGUUAAAGAGAAGUUAAAGGCUAAAGUGAAGCUAUGUUCACUUCAGCUUAGAAAAAGUUGUAUUUGUAGCAAAACGCUACAGAAAAAGUGUGUUAUAUUGCAACCAAAUCAGGUGAAGUGACCAAAAGGUGGUCUUAAAGUGACCAAAAGGUGGUCAUAAAGUGACCAAAAGGUGGUCUUAAAGUGACCAAAAGUGGUCUUAAAGUGACCAAAAGGUGGUCUUAAAGUGACCAAAAGGUGGUCUUAAAUUGACCGAAAGGUGGUCAUUAGAUUUGUCAAAAGACGAAUCGUUUUUUAUGGUUUGGAUGGAACUUACGACAUCAUCACGGGCAAUUUAAAUUGUAAACCUCGUAAGCCACUUAAAUUAAAGAUCAAAAUGCCAAAACGUAAGAAUCCGGGUGGUAGGGCUGACGAGGCGGCCUUAGAUGCAUUACGGGGGGAGAAUGAUGAACUCCGUGGCGUCAUCGUCCACUUGAAAAGUGACCUUGAAAAUGAGCGUGGCAAUGUGCGGCAGUUGCGUCGUGAAAAGGCAACGGAAAUCAGAGCUGCUUGUGAACAUGAGCAGCAUAAAUGUAACAUACUCCUCGGCGAUCAGCGAACCAAGCUCCGCCAGGAAAAAUUAAACGAGUUUGAGACUCUUAAAGAAUCUUUGGUUAAAAAACAUGAGACUGAUAUCAGUGUUUUAAUGAAACAACGCGAAACGGAAAUCAACCGGUUGAAAGCAGACUUAAAGAAGGUACAGAAUGACUACGAGAUGGCCAAUCAACAACUGGAGCAGUCACCAACGAAGAAACGCCGACAUGAACAAUAUGGGAAUGGUACGUUGGCGAAACGGAGUCCAUCACCGGAUCUUGAGGAGAUGAGGAAGUCUAAGAAGCAGCUGGAGGAUGCGUACGGGGCGUUGAUGGAGUCCGAUCGGCAAAAGUCAAAGCAGCUGAAGAAGAUACGAGAAUAUCACAAGUUGGAGAUGUCCAAGAUGAAGAAGGAGGUUAACCAAGAUGUCAGGAAACUGUCAACGAAGGAAGACACAGAAAGGCGUUACAUGAACAGAAUCACAGAUCUCAGCUGUAAAGUAUGUAAACUUGAGGACAAGUGCACAGAGCUUGCCGAGGAGAAGGCAGAAUGUGUGAGGAGGAACAAAGAUCUCGAGAAGCGACUCCGUCCAAUGCAGGAGAAGAACAGGAAGUUCCUCCAGCGGAACAUGGAGCUGACGACCAUCAACCGAUGUCAAGAGGAUAAGGUCAAGCGACUACAUGAAGACAAUCAGAAAAUGAAAUCUCAGGUUGAAGACAUCAAGAAGCGCUCUGAGCGUCUGCUUCAUGAGUUGAACCAGGAAAAGAUGGAGCGAGUCACCAUCAGCGAGUUGACGGAGAAACUUGAGGAUGCAGAAAAUGACAUAAAAGAAUUACACAAGACCAUUGAUUCAUUGAGGCAUGCUUGUUCGGAAAAGGACCGACGCAUUGACCUCUUAAAACAUCGUCAGAGGCGAGCAAGAGAAAACCGAGCUCAAACCAAACCAUUGUCGGGUCUUCGUGAACCGUUAUCAGGUCUGCGUGAGACUUCGUUUGGUUACGAAGAGAUCGACGGAUGUAAAUCACUUGACUCUUCCUGGUCGUCAUCAGUAUCCAACAAUACGUCCAUCGCCGAGGAUUCCUGGGAUGAGUUUGCCAGAGAAGAGUUUGAGAAGAACUACCGGCGCCUGAUCAGGGAACAUUUGGAACUUGAGAAGUCGCACAGCUUGCUGCAGACUCAGAAUGACAGCUACUUAGACCCUGAGCGAGGUGGCAAGCACCAAGGCCAGCUGCUGGCUGAUCUCUUAGAGGCUCAUUCCAAGAUUGAGGAUCUCGAGAAGGCUCUUCUUGACCAGGGCCAGACCUCAAAAUCUGAGAAGCGGCGUCAGUUACCAGAUAUCAGUUGGAUCGAGGAGAAGCAGAGACUCAGUGUGGAGAAGAAUGAUUUGCUUGACAAGGUUCAGCUUCUAGAGACGAGGGAAGCGAAGGCCUACCGUGAAUUACGGGAGGCACAGGAGCAGCAUGAGAUCAUGGAGUUUAGGGUGCUAGAGCUGGAGGAGAUCGUGGAGAAGCUUCAGCGCCAAUCACGUGAUAUCUCAUCCUGCCAUGGCGUCCCAACAGAAGAUGAGGAUGACCUUGAAAUCACCGUACUUGACCUCCUGGACGUUGACGUCAUACAGCUACAACAAGAGUUGUUAACCGUCAAAUACAAACAUGAUGGGUGUCUCAGCAAACCAGAGAAGACAGUUCUGCUCCAGGCCAAGGCCAUGCUCGAUAUUGCUGACAAGCGACUGAAGGCGUCACAGAGCACAGAGGCAGCGCUCAAAGAUCGUAUCCGCGAACUCGAGGACGAGAAGACGAAGUUGUUGACGGAUGCAGGAGUCAAUCCUGAUCUUGUGAUUGAAUAUGAGGACACGAGGAACAAACUCCUUGCAGCAGACGUGCAAAUCGGUCAGCUUGAAGAUGAAGUCAAAGACCUGCGAGAGCAAGACGCCGUCCAUAACUACACGGAGGAUGCGUACGCCAAGCGAGAGGAUCGCUUCAAGAAGGAGAUCGAUGACCUCCGUAAUCAGCUACGAAGUGCCCUUGAAGGUCGCUCGGCAGAGACAGAGUUGGUCGAUGAGAGAGCUGGCAAGUUCAGUGACUAUCAGAAGAAAGCUGAGGAGUGGGAAGGCAUGAUCAAGGAGCUGACAGAGAAGAUCAAGGAACUGGAGAAAGAGAAGGAUGCCAUUCGGUUACAGACGCUGGCAGCCUCGGAUCCAGAGGUGGCUAAGAUACUGGAGCAACUCAGGGACCAACUGAUUGAAAAAGAUUCACAUGAGACUGAACUGGUUGAGAAGACCGAUCAGCUGGAGCUUGACCUCGAAGUUCAGAAAGAACAGAAUGAAGAGCUGGAGAAAAUCAACGGGGAAGUGACGAAGAAUUAUUACGAUAUCAAGGAAGCUCUCGAAGGAGCCAAGGUGGACAUAAAUAAGAUGAUGAAGCGAAUCCGUGGCGAGAAACUUGGGGAAGAUAUCGACAGAAUUGCCGAGCUCGAGGAGCAGGUCAAGAAAUUAGAAUCUGAACAGCCUUUAAAUGCUCCGUCCAGUGACCUUGACCUUGACAAUCAGAGGUUACGCGUAGAGAACAUCCAGCUGGAGGAGGAAGUGACAUCCAAGGAUACUGACUUGAAGAAGAAACAAGAGGAGUUAGAGAAGUUACAGAAGGAGUUCAAGUCUGUCGAUGAUGAGAACACGGUCUUGAGGACCAAGUUCUACGAGCGGAGUCAGCAAGAUAAGGCGGACAAGACCGACGUUCCGCGGUUAAAGGUGCAGAUCAAGGCGAAGGAGUACGAGAUCUCGCAGCUGAAGGAUCAACAGAAGGAGGCAGACGCAAAGAUGGCCGAGAUGCAGACGGAGUUAGAGCAGCUGAAAGAAGAACCUAUUGUUAAGGUGGAGAAUGAAUCGCAGCUUCAGGCAGCACCAAGGAUGACACCUGAACAGUUGUCCGACCCUGAGAAGACUGGCCUUGAGAAGAAGAUCAUUGACCUUCAGGAAGCUGAGAUGACCUUGAGAGGUCGGAUCAGUGACCUUGAGACAUCUGAGAAGGUACUGAAGGAGAACAUUCAAGAUUUGCUCAAACAGCUCAAAGAUCAUGAGGAGGAGAGUGAUCAUAUCAAAGAGAAGGCUGACCAGGAGAAAUCUGACCUUGAAGUGGAGAUUGAAGAACUUCAGGACCUGACCAACCAGAUGAAAGAAAAUGAAAAGGCAAUGAAGAAUAAACUCAAUGAACUCGAACAGGACUCUGAUGAACAUGAACUCAAACUUAAAGAGGAAAUCAGUGGUCUUACUGACAAAAGCCAAAGUCUUGAAAUGAAAAACCUUGACUUGACUGAGCUGAUAUCCUUGUCUGAAGUUGAGAAGGAUAAGUUACGUAAUCAAAUACGUGAUGCGGAGAAUCAAAGCAAGGAGUUGUUAGACGAACGGGAGAAGUUACGGGAUCAAAUCGAGGACACCAAGGAACAAGGUUAUGAAAAGAUUGGCAAGAUGCAGGAAGAGCUGGAUCAGUAUCACGUUAAUGAGCAGAAACUGAGCGAGUCAUUAGCCGAGGCAGAGCAGACGGAGCAUAUGUUACGUGAACAGUUGAAGCGGUAUGAGGGGCCAAACUCCGAGCUUCAAAAGAUGGAUGCACUGAAGAAACAGCUGUCAGAGUUAGAGAUGGAGAAUACCCAGCUGCACGAGAAGGUAGAUGACCUCCAGGCACAGUUAAGGGCUGCGGCCGAGUUUCUGGAUGAGACUGAGGCGAAGUAUCAGGAGGAAAUAAAGGACUUUGAGGAGGAGAUUGCUGACCAUCAGAAACACAGGGAGGCUCAGGAUGAGAAGUUAGAUCAGUUGGAGCAGAGUGAGUCCGAUCUUCAAGAGCAGUUGAUGGCAGAGCAGGGCAAGGUGCAGGAGCUCACUGCCAAGGGAGAGGAGUUGGUGGCUGAGCUCGCCAAGGUCAGCCAGGAAAAAGAGGCACUGGAGCCAGCGCUACAAGAAACGGGUAAAGAGUUGUCCAAGACUACUGACGAGAUGGAGAUCCUGGAUCAGGCUUUGAAGGACAAAGAUGAAGAGUUGACGCGUUCGCGAGAGGAGAUGGAUGCAUUAUCUGAGAGUCUGAGGAACAAGGAUGAGGAGUUGUCAGAAGUGAAGAAGGAGAAGGAGGACUUGAACACAGCGUUGAAGGAAAAGAAUGCCGAGUUGACAAGAACGAAUGCUGAGAAUAUUGAGCAUCUGAAUGCCAUUGAAGAAGAGCGCCUGAACGAUAUGUCUGCUUUACAAACCAAGUUAGACAAGAAGGAGGCAGAGUUGGGGAGAAGUCAGGAAGCCGUCUGCGAAUUGGAGGAGUUGUUAGAUAAACAAGGCGCAGAGGGCGAUGACAACUUAAAAAUGGUGAUGGAUCUCAGGGAAGAUUGUGAAAAUAAGCAGAAUAUUGUGCUUGAGUUGGACGACAAGUUGCGCGAGGUCGAGAAUGACUUUGACAAGAUGAGGGAAGAGAAACUUGAGGCCGAGCAGAUGAACUUGGAUCUGCGUGAUCAACUGCAGCAGAUGGAAGCUGAGAAGGUGAUGCUGGAGAAACAACUUGAGUCAAUGAUGGAGGAAGGUAUUGAGAAAGAGGUCCUGCUUGCUCAGGAGCAGGAAGAACAAGAGAAGAAUCUGGAGAGGAUCAAGGAGCUGGAAGAGUCCCUAGAUCAGGAGGUCAAGGAAAGUGCCAAGUAUCAGGAGAAGCUGAAUGUCCUUGAACAUAAUCUGAGUGCCAAGGAGGCUGAGUUGGUGGAGAAGGUCAAACUGUUGGAAAACGAUUUAGCUGAGGCUGCGGAUAUGUGUGCCAAACAUGAAACAACCAUUUCUGAGUUAGAACCCAAGUUGGCUGGUUUGAAGAAUCAGUUGUUAGACUCUGAAAGAUUCAAUGAGGAUUUGAAGGACGAGAAUGAAGCUUUGAAUAAACGGGUCAGCGAGUUGAAAGAACACUUAGAUGAGAAGUGUGAGGAGUUGAUGCAUUUGGAGGAGGAAUUCGAUACGGAGCAAGAGGAGGAUAAAGCGAGCCGCAAAGACUUGCAGGAUCGGAUCAAUGUGCUACGAAGCUCGGAGGAGAAGUUACUAGAACGGAUCAUUCAGUUGGAACGCAACGAGAAGGAGUUACGUGAUGAGUUGGACUCAGAUGAUGCAUUGGCUGAGAAAACGAAAACCAAAGUUGAGAGUUUAGAAUCUGAUAUCGCCAACUUGAAGCUGGAGUUGAAGGAGAAGGAACAGCAGUUGAAGGAUGCUGAGAAAGAUACUCUGAAGGCCAAGACUGAUAUUGAGUCAUUGAAUAAGCGAGUCAAGAUCCUAGACGAGUCUGAAGCCAAGUUGAUGGAAAUGCUGCAAGAGUCUGAAGAUCGUGAGAACGAUGCCCGGCAGGAGAUCGGAAAGCUAGAGGAGAAAAUACAUGACUUGGAGGAGAAGGUGGAGAGUAUGCAGUCCAACGAGCAUGAUCUGAAGGAGGGGGUUGACGACCUUGAACAGAUGGUCAGUGACCUUGAGUGCAGUGAGAAGGAAUUGAAGGACAAGUUGAACAGCUUGAAACAGACAAAUGAGCUACUAGAGGCCAAGUGUUCUGAUCUGGAGAAGACUGAGCAAGACCUGUUGCAGCAGUUGGCAAUUGCUCAACUUGAUAGUGUGACACAGGAGGAGAGUGUCAGAGCGGAGGCUGCCCCUGUAUUCGAGGAAGCAAUCACAGUAGACUUUGUUGAUGGUGUUCAAAGUGCUCCGAAAUCUUUACCGAAGGGCAGGUUGUCACGCGCUGAGAAGGACAAUUUGCGUAGGAGCCUCAGUAAAAAGUCAGCAGAUGAGUUGGUUAAUCGUUGUGUGGAGCUCAUGGACAUGCAGCAGGAGUUACAAAGCAGGCUGCAUGACCUGGAGGAUAGCUCCAUGGACAGGAGUCGGACUGAGUCCGUUGACCGGGAACUAGAUGAUUUCAGUCACAGGGAGCAGCGGUAUAAAGACACGAUUGCAAGGCUACAGGAGGAGAUAGAAAAGUUUGCUACUGGUGCUAAAUCUGAAAGUAGCGCAAAAGGUGCUGAUAGAAAACCUGAGGAUUAUAAAGAUAGGUUAGAUUCACUUCAUUCCCGCCUCGAUUCCUUCAUCACGAAGUCUGAGCAAGCCCACCGCCAUCCGCCAUCAUACAUGCCAAAGACAACCGACAUCAGUGACUUACCUGAGGAUGAAUUAAUCUCUAAAAUACAACAACUUGAAAUUGGUGAGAUCUCAAAUAAACGAAAGAUUGGUGAAUUGGAGGAUUGUAUCAAGAUCUACCGACAAGUGGUUGAGACUGUAGCAUUCGCCAUGGCAACUGACCUUGAAGGAGUCAACCUUGACCUUGAGAAGAAGGAGCUAAUGCACAUCCUCGGUAGAAAGGAGACCGGCUAUGAGGGUAAGCUCCAAGAGCUCAUCAACUCUGAGUCUGCGUACAAGAAGCAAGUGGUGGACAUGGAGAGGAGGGAAGCCUUGUAUAAGGCGGAUCUCCACGCUGUGCAGACUGAGCAACGUGAUGCCAGGAAGGAGUACAACCAUCACAUCCAGAAGUUGGAGGACACCAUCAGCGAUUUGGAGAGGAAUGAGGCCAAGCUUAAAAGCAAGCUCAACCUUGGCUCCAAAGAUCGUACCACUGAAACAGUCUCCAAAAUCCAUGACCUCAAAGACCGCAUCAUUGACCUUGAAGCGAGCGAAAAACAACUCCGUCGCACCGUCCACGACCUCCAGACAGAGCGAGAUGACCUCCGUCAGAACGUCUCCGAGCAUCGUUCCCGUUCGCCGAGUACACAUGGACCCGUUGAUCGUUUGCGUGAUCUCGAACAUCAACAAGAAGUUGAUGAACUCCAGGCCAAGAUUCGCCAGCAGGAGAACUCAGAAACCGCCCUCCAGGAUCAGGUGUUGAAGCUACGCAGUCAGGAUAACACAGGUUAUGCUGAGCGCAUCGAGCACUUGGAGCGGUCCGAACGUGCUCUCCAGCGCAAGUUGGAGAUGUAUGAGCAACACGAACUUGAUGAUGUGACCGACAGCCUGAUGGACAAACCGGAGGAUCUACUCCGCCAGCGAAUACACGAGCUGGAGAAGAUGGAGAAACAUCUCAGGAGUCAGAUCACCGACCUUGAGAAUGAUCGUGAAGAGCUCCACGAGAUUGCCAGGAAGGAUAAGAACAGCAUCCAUGAGUUGAAUGUAAAGCGACGGGAACUGCAACUUGCUGAGAAGAACCUGAAGGAGCAGGUCAGCAUGUUUGAGGUGACGGAGAACAACCUCCUUGCCAAGAUUGAUGCAAUGCAGGAUGAACUUGAUGACCUCGAAGAUCAACUCAGCCGUGUCAAACGUGCGGAGAAGAAUUGGAAGGGUCAGGCAAAGGAGCUAAAGUUCACCGAGGAAUCAGCUGCCAAGAAAGUCAUCAACUUGGAAGUGCUCGUGGAGGAGCUGCAGUCAUCUGAGACCAAGUUAAAAAAGACACUGUACACUGUGGAGCAGGAGAAUCUGGCCUUGAAAGACAAGGUUGAAACAGUCCAAGAGCAACUGUAUGAUUUACAGAGUACCGAGAUUGCUCACAAACAGAGGAUAAGGGAUCUGGAAAACAAGGAACGGACGCUGCAAUGUGACUUGGCUAAGUUUGAGUGUUCUGAGAACGUUGCUGCACGUCGAAGUGGGGAUUUAGAAUCUCUGACGGACAGUUUAUCCGAGCGUAUCUACGCGUUGGAAGAGGAGCGUGCCAACUUGAAGUACGAGGUCUCUGAUUUAGCUGUGGUCUUCGAGGACACUAAAAAACAAGCUGCUCUGUUGGAAAAUAGCGAAAUUGCUUUGAAACAACAAAUCGACUACUUGGAGACAAACGAGAAGCGAUUUAAGAAGCGCAACCAGGAGUUAGAACUUCAGCGGAUCGAGUUGCUGCGGAAGGCAGAUGAUGCGGGCCACUCUGAGCUCAAGCAAAAGGAUCUUGUGCAGGCACUCGAGCGCAGUGAGAAGAAGUUGAAGUUUAAGUUGCAGGAGCUGGAGAACAAUGCAGCCUCACUUGAGAGAGGGAACUCCAAAAUCAAAGAUCUUGAAAAAGAAAACACUUCACUCCAAGAUGAACUCUAUGAAUGCAACCGGAAGAUCCAGCGGAUGGAGAAGGUCAUCAAGACGCUUGAAGACAAACAACGACAGGCUGAUUUGACGCGCUCGCGUGGCGGUACGGCUGUCAUCACAAGACAGGAGCUGGCUGAAAUGCGCGCCCAGAUCGGCAUUCUGGAGGAGACAGAGAAGAGCUUGAUGAAGGCGGAGAAGACUGAAGUGAACCUCAAAGAAACCAUCGCUGAACUCAGGAGAGGCAAGAAUGCCUGCGGUCAUGAACAGGAGAUUGAAGAACUGAGGAAACAGCUUGCUCACUACCAAAACUUACUCAGGGAAAAAGCUGCCAUUGAAGAGAAGUACAAUCAUGUGCGGUCAGAACUCAGGAUCCUACAAGAUAGUAUUAAGUAUGAUAUGAUAUUGGACGUGGAUGGUGAUGUGAUUGUUGCAGUCAAGAAGAGAGGAGCAGACGAUAGGCCUGGUCAGACCCCCAGCAGAGAUCAGUAUGUUCAAGUUUCGAAUGUGCCUGCUCCCGACCAGCUUAGACCUUUCACUGCACCUGAACGACGUGAGCUGGAAGCACUAAAUGAUGACCCUUCACAGCAUGAGUACCCACAACCAACAUAUGCUAUGCCUCGUGAUGCUGAGCCGCUAGCUGAGGACAGGUUUGAUCAGAUUGACAGGCCAGAUGGAAAUGCUGACGACUUCCAAAAGCCCAAAGAAGACCCUGAUUCUUUAAGGCUGUCGAAGGAUGAGGCUUUAGCAGCAUUAGCUAAAGCUUUAGAUCCUUACGAUACCUUCUCUGAUGAUGAGGUCAAACCUCAAACAUCUCAGACUGUUCACUCAGCACCUGAGAUCUUACACGAAGAUCUUAUAGUCCCCACAGAGCAAAAGAAAGAUGAAAGUCCGAUGAACUUUUCAGACUUCUUCCAAGAACCACCACAGGAGGAGCCACUUGUCCAGGACAGCACAGCAAUGAGUAAGCGACGGACGGAGAAGAGGCGAUCUCGUCCCCAGGAUGAUGGUGAUGAAUCGGACAGCUCCAGUCUAGAUGAGCAUCCAGUCGCAGGGAUGAAUAUGCGACGAACGUCCAACAUGUUUGACUUCAAGGAGAAUGUGCCUCGCCGUGAGUCUGAUCACUGGGAGAAGGUGGAGCAAGCAGCACCACAUGAACAGACGCCGGAAUUGGAAGAGCCGUAUUGGAAGACUGUGGAACGGCCAACGGAGGAUGUCGCGGUCACAUUAAACAUCAGUGAUCCAACAUCUGAUGAGGAGAAACCACGUCGCCUUGCACCACUGCAGACACAAGAGAGGUUUGGUGACCAAUCAGAUUUCACUGACACGUCACCUGACCGGCGAUUACCGCGACAGCAUCGUAAAGGAUCUUACGAUACGGACAGUGGUAUCAGUACGAUGCCUGAUCCUCAUCAUCCUCAUCGAUUCAAAUCUAGUCCGACCCAGGAACGCGUUUUAUCAGCACGUAUCAGCCCGGUCCAUUCUGCUCCAACCCGGGACUCACAUCACGGCCGUCUUCCAUCGCCAUCCGACACUCACUUAUCGCCAUGGUUAACGCAGCAUCUUGUAGAUCAAAAGAGUAUCAGUACAUCAACUGCCCCACUGAUGCAUUCCAGUAUCCCAGCUUCAUGGCCUGAUGGUCCUCAACGCAGCAUUGCCACUGACACGACUGAUAUCUCCCGACAACAAAACGACGAAAUUGCUCAACUCAGGAAUAAGAUUGAUGACUUGGAAACAGAGUUAAGAGUCAAAACUCGAGAAUUAGAAACCAGCCAGUUUGUUGCUCGUGAAUUGGAAGAAAAGGUAAAAACCAGUGAAGACCCCUAUGCAUGGAAAUCAAAACUAAAAGAGAAAGAUCGGGAUAUCCAAGUUCAAGAGCGCAUGAACAGGAAUCUCUUCGAUGAGCUUUCGUAUGUGGAAGGACUUUAUACUGGCGAGAACUCUAAAUUGGAACGAGAACUUAUCGCCAAACAGCGGCAAGUAAUCGAAUUAGAAGCUGAAAUUGACAAUUUGGACCAAGUUUUGAAAGCGAAGGAUGCUGCUGAUAAUUCAGAAAUUGUUCAAGAAUUGAAACAUGAAAUUGACCGCAUUCAAAACCAGCUGGAGGCCCGACAACACGAGUGUAUCGACCUCGAAACACAACGCCGCACCCUUAACAAUCAAAAUGAACGCAAGGAGAAAGACAUUGCCGCUAAAUCUGAGAAGAUUGAUGAGAUCAAUCGGGAGAUGCGCCGAUGCCAGAACGCCCUGAAAGAUGCUGAAGCUGCCAAGUUAAAGUCUGUUGGUGAUUUGAGAAACGCCGAGAUCGAUCUGACAAGGCUGAAAGAUGCUGACAAGAAGCUGCAGACUCUUAAAGAGGAGCAUCAUGAGUUACAGAUGAAUCAUGCCGAGCUCCUAAAUGAACUCAGGAAGUUGGAACGAGCCAAGAAGGAACGUGACGAACUCGAGAAUGUCGUCGAUGAGUUGAAGAAACGGAUCAGAGACUACGACCAAAUCAAAGGUGAACGCGCUGACCUUGAGAUGAAGGUCAAGUUACUUGAGGAACAACUCGAACAAAAGUGCAAUGAAGCAGACACAUUGGCUUCUGAUCGCCAUCAAAUGAGACAACAGAUACGAAAGAUGGAGCGAGAGAUCGAUGAACUUAACAAUAAACUACGAGACUAUGGGCUCGUGAAAGCUCGGUAUGAUGAGAUGGAAAAGAUCAAAGACCGUGCAGAGAGAGCUGUUGCCCCGCUCAGAGCCAAGGUUAUGAGGUUGGCACAGAAGUGCAAAGAAAAGGAUGAUUUAAUCCGACGACUAGCAGACGACUUGAAGCAUUCUGGUCAUGGCAACCCUGACCUUCUUCACGAGGUUGAUCACUUGAGGGCCGACGCGGCUCACGAGGAAUACAAUCGACCAGAGACACCAAUUGGUGGCAUGACGGCCUUUGAUGAUGAUGCAUUCUCGCCAUCAUCUUCCAAGAAAUCGCCGUAUUCUCCACGGAGCAGCGACAACCCCAACGUUGAUCAGGUCUUGCACAACGACCUCUUUGAUAACGAGCACCACGCAGACAUCAUUCCAACAAGACUAGAGAAGGUCGAACAUGCAGCGCCGUCCUCAUUUGCAGACAGUCUGUAUGAUUCACCUAGCAGAAUUCCCCGUCCACUAGACUCAUCAUCAGGCCAGUUGAAUAACCAGCGUGGACCAGUCCCGAGGGAUCCAUCCAGAAGAUUGCCUAAACCAGAUCAGCCAGAGAAGAACUGCUUUGUUGCUAUUGCGGAUUAUGAUCCUACUAACUUUUCAAGAAGUGGACACCCACGUUUAGAAUUGCCCUUGAAGGAAGGAGACGUCGUCCAAGUCUUUGGCUCUCCCGAUGAAAAGGGGUAUUAUGAAGCCGAAGUGAAGGGAAGAACAGGUCUUGUUCCCAACAACUAUCUCCAGCCGAUGCCAAACCCAGAAAGCCAAGGUUUAAAGAAACGAAAAACUAAGAAGAUGCCACCAGUGCACAUGGAUGCGAGUCCAGAACAUAUCCUGGACAUGCAUGACCACCUCGAACAUGCCCACAUUCCAACACAUGAUGUGCCAGCCAUGAGACCUCAACAAGGCCACCACGACAGACCCUCCAACGGUCUGACCCAGCCUGGUGGCUCCGUCCCUAACCCUGUCUACAUCCCCAUACCCUCUCAUGGCUGCACGGAAAUCUUACCAACAACGAUCAUUCGAGAUGUCAGUCAACCAAACACAUUAGAGCGGGGCCAACCUGCCCCUCAUGAUGUCCACGAUGGAAGAGGAUCACCUGCACUGCCAAGACAACUGGGUCCCCCAGAGCCACCCAGUGACUUCCAUAUUGAACGCAUCUUGAGUGACCACAACGUCAUGAUGGAAUGGCAACCGCCCCCCAUCGAUGAAUUCGAUCGAAGUAACGGAGUGCAGAUAUCAGGAUAUAAGAUUUUUGUUGAUGGCGUUGAGUGUCAUCGACUUUCAUCGCCACACCUCACUAAGGCUCUGAUUGGUCGAUUGAACCUGCAUGUGCCGCAUAAAAUUAGCAUCCAGAGCUACACGACGCUAGGCCAGGCAUCCCGAGCCGUUGACACGUACUUCCAAGAUGUCCUCCCUGACCUUCGAGACGGCAUGUCUGACCUUGGGUCGAACCUUGGAGAUAAUUUUGAUGGCGGUUCAAUCACCAGUAGUAAUUUCUAUGAGAGCGGAGAAAGAAAAAAGUGCAUGGCUGUAUAUGACUACAACCCAGCCGACCAGUCACCUAACAGUGACCCAAUCAAUGAGCUGUCAUUCAAGACAGGCGACGUGAUCUUCACGUACGGACCAGUUCGCGAAGAUGGCUUCUAUCAUGCUAAGAUCCGAGGGAGACGAGGACUGGUCCCCGAGAGCUUCAUUGAAGAAAUGCCACAGAGCAAGAAGAAGAAACCACAUGGACGAAAGGUUGGAUCAGCUAGCAGCAAAGGAUCUCACGACUAUUCACCACGCGACCGUAAACCAAGCAAACACCAAGAAGCAGAGCCAGCACGUCUUUAUUAGCCUAAGAUCGCAGAUUUCUACAGAAAGCCAAACUGGCUAUGAUACAAAUGCAAUAAUCUUCAAGUGUAAAAAGCAAUAUGUUGGUCGAUGUAAAUAUCUUAGAAAACAUUUUUAUGGUGAUUUAGGUUUAAGAAAUUUGCUCAUCUUUUGAACUGAUGAAGGUGACUCCGGAAAUGAUUCCUGAGAAUUGUUUCAUUUUAAUGGUGCUCUUAGUCAUGUGACUUGUACAAAACUGUAUGGUGGUGGUGUAUAAAAGUAGUCUAUUGCUAUGGACUCGGUUGUUGUGAUGGAAACUGUUGCUAUGGUGAUAUCAUAGCAUAUCUGUUGCUGCUGGUUUCGGUCAAUCAAACUCUGCUAAAUGAAGUUGGACAGGUGAUGAUUCUUUCCCCGUAACUGUUCAUAUCAUAUAAUUUAUAGUUUUAUUUAUUACAUGUUUGUAGUUAAGAUGUUAGGUCCAUGGUUUGAAUUGUAAACAUUUGAGUCUUCUCCCAGAAAAGGUGGCCCAGGGUUCUCUGUGGCAUAACCUUAUACCCAGGUGCUUAAAUAUGUUAUGUGUCCAAAUUAGAACAAUUGUGCCCUAGGAACGAGGACAUGCAGCAUAUUAAACCUGGCAACUGAUAUGAAACAGUGACUCAUGUCCCGUGCUCUAUUGCUUACUUGUUCUAAACUGGUUGAAGUAUCAUUGUCAUGAUGUGACGAGAGUGAUUGUAGAGUUAUGUUGUAUUCCCGACUAGGACAUUGUGUGAAUGCUGUAUGCCGUACAUCGUGCUUCCUCUUCAUCUCUGUUGCAUCCUCCUGAAAUCAUUUCAGUGUUUAAGGUAUCAACAUGACUUGUUCUCCCAUGAACUAGGAAUUACGUCAACUUACCAAAACAGACAUCAAACCAGGGGCCUAGAGUUGUGAACUUUGUGUUCAGGAUUCGGCCUGGGUUUUUUAACAUCAAAAAAUACCGAACAGACAAUCUUACGAAUUUAAAAUCCCAGAGCAUUGUAAAAACUGUAAAUACAGGGAAACUAUUGACGUGUUUCUGUUUUGAAAUCAGCUACGUACGAUAAGGAUUGAACAUCUAUAUGUUACCAAAGUUUGAAAGUCUUUAAUAUGUUACUAUUUAAUUGAGUUAUUAUUUAAGUGAUGGUUGAUCAUUUUAAAGUAUUUGGACCGUGUAAUUUACAUAUACUCGAAGCCAUUUAAUGUUGAUAAAACCUUGGGAUGGAAAUAUUUGUUGAUACGUUUUCCUUCGUUGAUAUAUCUUGCUUAAUCUUGUUUGACCCGCGACCUUGAGAUUUCUCCUUUGUCUAAUUCCUUUCCCACAUUUGGUUCUGUGAAUCCUAAUGAACUGAAUCACCAGUGUAGAUGUUGAACUACAAAUUCUUGUCAAUAAAUUGGUUUGAGUGUGUUGUCAGAGUUCCAUGUUCUCGAGUUGUAUUAAAGACAAGAGCAUCAGCCUGUCCUUUGUGUCAGAGCAACUACACUUGCCUGACAUGGAAGACCUAUUGGCUGAUGCAUGAUUCACAAACUCAUGGACUCUUAGACAUGAACAUGACAUUACACUCCAGCAAAUUACGAUUCUCUCCAAUCCAAGAUAUUUGACCUAACUGCUUUCAUUGCUUUGUAAUGUUGUCUCCCUUCACCCAGUGUUUCCCAUCUCUUUAAUCUGUCCAAUAGCAGAAGAGGAUGGGCAACAUUGAUGGUGAUGUGGCCACGGAAUGAAUUGGGAUGUCUGGUUCUUGGAAUGGCUCCACAGCUUCGACAGUGGGGCAGCCAGAUCUGCCAGUCUCAUCGAGUGUUAUCCUGUGGCCAGAGAGGUGCAGGUAUAGCGAACACUAUCUGUGAUAUAUUCAUCUGUAGAUUUCAAGUGAUAUGUUGGACUCGGUAUCUGUAGGACGAUGUUGGCAUCAAAUCAGGUAUAUGGCAACAGCGAUCUCUUGUGAUCUCGAGAAGCCAAGAAGACAAGAAGUGCUGAUUUGGCAAGAAGUGAUGUGAAUCUGUUCUGGUACAACUUCAGCGAGUUGUUCCAGGCGAUCAAAUAACUUUAUAUGACAGUUUGUACUGAUGCACAGUCCAACAUCUCACGUCAAGUGCUGUACUAUUUAUUUGUAAAUACCCGUCCUUAGUUCGCUGUAACGGAUCACUGGAUUGUUUCCUUUCUCUGUUAUGUUCAGUAUUCUUUGUCUUAUACUUUCUGUGAAGUUCAUGAGACCUUUAUCUAUGCGUUGUCUGUGUAUUUCUUAAUUCAUUCUCGGCAUUCACAUGACUUACAUGUAACAUUGGCUGCCUCUUGUUCAUGGUUGACCUGGUUCACAGGUGGGUUAUAUUUUAAUGUUUAUUGGUGAAAUGUUGUAAGUUGUUACAGACAUACUACUGAUUGCUGAUUAAUUAGUCAAACAUACUGCAGAGUUUAUAAAGCUGCUGCCACUUUUACAACUUAUGCAUGGCAAGCCUUGUUCUAAACUGAGUCUGACACUGGACUAUUGUCAAGUUUAGUGAAAGUGCUUCAUCAAUUCAGAAGUGGUUGACUUUAGUGGGCAAAUCCUUUCCAGCUGGAUAAUUCUGCUUAAGAAAGGUUAAGGAAUGAAUUUCUUCACUGUUCUGUGGUUUAUUGCUAACUAGGAAAGGGUUGGGGAUGGUGUAAGCCCUGAUGGCUGUGAGGUGAUAAGCCUGAAUACACACGCAGCCAUAGGAUUGAUUCAGAGUCUUAUGUCUGGGGAAAGAACCUCAAAUAUUUAUAUUUUUAUACUUUAACAGUUUCUACGAGUAUUAUGCAAGUAUUGCAAGAAUUGUCAUUUUAUUUAUCUACCCAAUAAAUUAUAAGAACAUUAA